AGAGGGAUUAUGACCAAUCAUGAAAAUAUCUCAGAAUCAGUUUGACGUCAAAUUAUUUGGACUAGUAAUCAUGUAAAACUGUAGGAAGUGGCCAGGGGUAUGGAUUCAAACACCAUGAAUCUGAUUUUAGAGGUUUGUAACCUAUGGAUCUUGGCCCAUCUUCGGGAAAUUCUAUGCUUUCUGGAUUGAAGUUACCAUUCGGGUUUGAAGAUGAUGUUUCCAAAGAAGGCAAUGAUCUGAAUGUAGAAACAAGUUUUGUAGCAACGGAGGCCACGUUUAUCCAACCUCAGGCUGUCACCGAGACAACAGAAGAUGUUGGGGGAGGAGCUACAAGCGUCAACCAGCAAGUUGAGAAAAGGAAAGGUGGAUGGCCAAAAGGAAAGAAGAGACGUAAAGUAAAGGACACAAACGCUCCUAAACAACCUCUGUCUGGUUACAUACGCUUCCUCAAUGAGAGGCGGGAGAGACUACGAACCGAACAUCCAGGUCUUACCUUUGUGGAAAUAACACGGCUUCUUGGUUCUGAAUGGACUAAACUUCCUCAACAUGAGAAACAGAAAUACCUUGAUGAUGCGGACCGUGACAAGGAACGUUACAACAGAGAGAUGGAAGCGUACCAGAAAACAGAGUCGUACAAACAGUUCAAGCAGCAACAGGAAAAACGCAUGAAAGCUGAAAUGGAAAAAGAAAGCAGUGGAGUAGAGGAAGAGGAGGACAAUGACACGAGUGCCUUUGAGAUUCCUAUCUUCACUGAAGAGUUCCUGGAUCAUAAUAAAGCUAGAGAAGGUGAGCUGCGCCAGUUACGUAAGCAGACAACAGAGUUGGAAGAACAGAACGCCAUCCUGAGUAAACAUAUAGAAAAUAUGAAGCAGGCUAUUGACAAACUUCAAGUUGAAGCGAUACAACAGAGAAACAACAACAUGGCAUUACAAGGUCAUCUAGAUGCUCUACGUCAAACACUGACGGCAAACUUCAAUAAUAUACCACUUCCUGGGAGUAAUGAGAUACCGACGCUGGAGACGAUAGAUACAUACAUGGCACGACUUCACACCGUAAUUCUGGAACAGCCGCAGAAAAAUGAGAAGCUGAUCGCUCAAGUUAGAGACAUUGUUGGACGUCUUAAUAUAGACAGUACAAGUUAAUGGAAUUAGGGACUGUGCAGACGUGUAUUCAGAUGGCAGCAUAUGAACAACAGGAAAAAGACAAAAUGUUGGAUGUGCAGUGGCCCGCUAAGUAUAUAUUAAGGAUUAUGUACAAUAUAAUCUUCCUGGAAAAUUGUGUGAUACACUUGUCAGUUUGGCAAAUAAACUGCAACUUUCUGCACGACUAGGAUCAAAGUUUAGUGUUGAAAUAUGUCAAGAAGAUCGUGAACUGUAGAAUUUUGUGUCAGAAUCGUUACCAGCUUGUUUCUUGUGACUGGUUUAGAUACCAUAGGUUCAAAAUUAUUUGGUUGAGCUUGUAACAUAUAUAUUUUUUAUACGCCCGUUUGAAAAAUGGGACGUAUUAUGGGAACGCCCCUGGCGGGCGGGCGGGCGGCGUCCACAGACCUUGUCCGGAGCAUAUCUUCUACAUGCAUGAAGGGAUUUUGAUGAAACUUGGCACAGUUGUUCACCAUCAUGAGACGGAGUGUCAUGCGCAAGAACCAGGUCCCUAGGUCUAAGGUCAAGGUCACAAUUAGAGGUCAAAGGUCAAAUUCAAGAAUGACUUUGUCCGGACCAUAUCUUCUUCAUGCAUAGAGGGAUUUUGAUGAAAGUUGGCACAAUUGUUCAUCAUCAUGAGAAGGAGUGUCAUGCGCAAGAACCAGAUCCCUAGGUCUAAGGUCAAGGUCACACUUAGAGGUCAAAGGAUACAAGAAUGAAAACUUUGUCCGGAGCAUUUCUUCUUCAUGCAUAGAGGGAUUUUGAUAUAACUUGGCACAAUUGUUCACCACCAUGAGGCGGAGUGUCAUGCGCAAGAACCAGGUCUCUAGGUCUAAGGUCAAGGUCACACUUAGAGGUCAAAGGAUACAAGAAUGAAAACCUUGUCCGGAGCAUUUCUUCUUCAUGCAUAGAGGGAUUUUGAUAUAACUUGGCACAAAUGUUCACCACCACGAGACGUAGUGUCAUGCGCAAGAACCAGGUCCCUAGGUCUAAGGUCAAGGUCACACUUAGAGGCCAAAGGUCAGAUACAAGAAUGACUUUGUCCGAAGCAUUUCUUCUUCAUGCAUGGAGGGAUUUUGAUGUAACUUGACACAAUUAUACACCAUCAUGAGACGAAGUGUCAUGCGCAGUUCCCUUCUUUCGAAUUACUUCCCUUUGUUGUUACUAUAAAUAGCUUAUAUUGUAACUUUUUCAUUACUAGUCGUAGGGAAAAAUCGAGACCACUUUUCUGUAGUACAACAUGCAUGCUACAUCCAAUUUUGAGGUGUAUUUUGACCAGUCUCUACCUGGUAAAGAUUUUUGUGAGGACUUACAAUUUUUUUUUUUGAUUUUUUUUUUUUUUUUUUUUUUUUUUUUUUUUUUUUUUUUUUUUUGUUAAGAUUAACUUCCCUUAGUUGUUACUAUAAAUAACUUAUAUUGUAACUUUUUUAUAACUGACCGUAGGGAAAAACCAAGACCACUUUUCUGUGUUACAACAUAGAUGUUACUUUCCAAUUUUAGGUGUAUUUUAAGGUAUCUCUACCUGGUAAGGAGUUUUUUUGUGGACUUAGAAAAACAAAACACUUAGUUAUUACUAAACAACCACAAAAUUAAAAUUCCAUUUGCAAAUACAGGUGCUAGAGUAAAGAAAUUUGCUGUGACGGGCGUAUAUUGUGACAUUCUUGCACUCUUGUUUGUAUGUAUUUUUAAGCUAGCAGGAUUUAAAAUAUAGGCAUGUAUAUACCAUGGGGACCAGUGCUGGAACCUUAUAAUCUAGUCAUAUGAUGGCAGACAGGUUAUGAAACUCGUUUAUGGCCCCCUUUGUUGAUGAGGGGGUAAAUUGGUUUGCUUAUUGUCUGUCAGUUGGUAGACCAUUUGGUUUCCAAUUAAUAUCUUGAGAAGAGAAGACUUUGUCUCACUAAAAGUCAUGCAUUAUAGGGCGAUUGCCUGGCGUCAGUAGAUGAACCAGAUUGUAGUGGGGUCAGUAGGUAAAAAAAUCAAGGUCACCUUGAAACUGAAAAUUAUUUCUGCUCAGUAACUAAAGAACUUCAAAAAUGAGACAGGCCAUCAUGGGGGCAUAUUUGUUUUACAAACAGCUCAUGUUCUUCAUUUUAAAUAGCCAUCUAUUACAGACACAAACAUUAUCACAGAAACAAACGAUUGCAUUAAAAAAAUGCAUCACCGUGUUUACAACUUGAUACUGCUGGUCAUGAAAAUUGUGUAUGCUAAAAUAAAGAUUUUUCCAGAUAGAAAUGGUAAAAGAAUAAGGUAUUGAAAGUUGCACAAGCAAUACAAAUUAGUGUAAUGUUUGAAAUGUUGCAUUUAAUUGAGAGGGCUACAUGUUUAUUUUAUGCAUUUAUGAUAAUUUUGCCAGUUACUUUUGUUUUGUGUGAUUUGUAUGAAUGUACUUGAGUCAGGAAACGAAAUUAAAUUCAUUUAAAAGAUA